GGAAACCACCAAAUAUAGUCUGUUUUAAUUGAUUUUACAUCAAGUUUACCAAAAACAUAGUCCAAAUUGCUUAUGGAUAUAUUAUUGUUACCUGCGAAACUUCAGUUUCCAAACAUUCAAAUCCGUAAAGUUCAGUACUACUGCUGGUCAUGACAUAUACUAAAGUUGAGACAGACCACGUACAUUGUCACUAUGUGAUUUGAUCGCUAUUAUUAUUUCACACUUGUCAUUGUACGAAUUGCUAGAAAGUAUAAAUAACAUACACGUAAAAGAUUUUACUCCUCUUCUAAUGGUCGUAACUAGUUGUAUGUAUAAAAGCGACUUCAAACGGAGGAAAUGGAGAUGUGGAAUCAUGACAACCACUUGAGGUGGAGUUUGGGGGCGAAAGGUAGUUUAAUAAUAACAAAAUAAUCGUUUUCCAGUAAAAUAUCUGCAUAUGAUUUUUAUGAUAUUAUAAUUUUACGCUAGAAUAUUUUUUUAAUUAAGUUAGCCAACAAAAACUUAAACUAUAAAGUUACUUUAACGAAGGAAACAUAAAAUGGAGCAAGAAAAAAAAUGAAAAUAUCGUUUAUGUCGUUCUAUUUGCACUUCAAACUAAACACGAAAAAAGUAUCGAUCUUACAAAACUAAACACUCACCUGUUCCACAUCAAUCACACUAAUAAUCUAGACUUUAAGUAGCCACAAGUUUUAUGUACCUAAUAUGAUUGGGUUCUUGAAGUCAACUAAACCGAAUAUUUAUAUGUAGAAUGAUCUAUCCACUUACUUUAAAGAUAAGGAAUUCAUGUAUAUGAAGUCAUUAUAAUAAAUCUAAAAUUAAUAACAAAUAUAGAAAAGAGAAACGAAAGGGAGAAAGCAGAGAACACUGAAAAAUUCGAAUAUCUAUAUAUAUACAAUGAACCUCACCACUUGGUUCUUAAAAAAAACACAUAUUCUCUAAGUGUUUAUCUUCUCCCUAUUCCUAACUCAUUUCUCUUAUAUACAAACACAAAUCUUUGACAUCUUUGUCAUCCUCAAAGAUCAUAAAUAUCCCCAAAUUUUGUUUAAUUUUUCUUGUCUUAAAAUCUUAAAAAGCAAAUUAAGAUGGGAUUAAGGAUGUCAGAAUCAGCUAAACCUUACUUUGCAAUGGUUUGCCUUCAGUUCGGAUACGCCGGUAUGAACCUGGUCACUAAAGCCGUCCUUGACCGCGGUAUGAGCCAUUACGUUCUUGUUUCAUAUCGCAACGCUUUUGCCACUGCCGCGAUUGCACCUUUUGCAUUUCUCUCCGAAAGGAAAGUGAGGUCAAAGAUAACGUUUCCAAUAUUCAUGCACAUAUUUGUUCUUGCUCUUCUUGGACCUGUAAUUGAUCAAAAUCUAUAUUACAUCGGUCUGAAACUCACAUUUCCGACGUUUUCAUCGGCCGUCAGCAACAUCGUGCCGGCAAUUACCUUUAUCCUCGCCACUCUUUUCAGGAUGGAGAAAGUGGAGAUGAGAAAAGCAAGAUGUCAAGUGAAAGUGGUGGGGACUUUAGUAACAUUGGUUGGAUCCAUAUUGGUGAUAUUAUACAAAGGUCCUUUCAUCAAUUUCUUCCGAUCUCACCUCAGUACCACCACUUCUUCGCCGUUGGCCGGUAAUUAUCUUAAAGCCACCGCCUUCCUCCUUGUCGCCUCCCUCUCAUGGGCUUCGUUCUUCAUUCUUCAGGCAUCGACUUUGAAGAAAUACUCAGCCCAUCUCUCGUUAUCAACCAUGGUGUGUUUCAUGGGAACGUUACAAUCUUUAGCCCUUACCUUCGUAAUGGAACACAAUCCUUCUGCUUUGAGCAUAGGUCUUGACAUGAACCUUCUCGCUUCUGCCUACGCGGGAAUAAUGUCGUCCAGCAUCGCUUACUAUGUUCAAGGACUUAUGAUGCAACGAAAAGGGCCUGUCUUUGUCACUGCUUUUAACCCUCUAGUCUUUGUAAUUGUCUCCAUAAUGAGCUUCUUCGUUCUCGAGCAAGGAAUCUACCUUGGAGGGGUUCUUGGAGUUGUUGUUUUGACGGUAGGGGUCUAUGCUGUGUUAUGGGGAAAGCACGUAGAUGAUAUCAGUGAGGAACUAUACCGUGAAGAUAACACUGUUUUAGAAGCCGUUAAGUGUUGUAGUAGAAAUUCUGGUCUCUCAAUAAUGCCAAAAAUCAAAGAACCUGAUGAGGAUGUUGAAACCGGGAAAUUUCAGGCAACGGAGAAGGAAUCAUCGUUGGCAGUUAUGGUUUUUUGUAGUGAAAAUGUGAAUAAUGAUUCACGAUUCUAACUAGAUGGUUUUUGUUUGAGGCAAAAUUGGGGAAAAGUAUAACUUCUUUUUGAUACUUAGUUUAAAUUUCAUCCCCUGCUUCAAAAUUUCUAUUUAUAGUUUUGACUCUCUAGAGUAACCAAGGAUUAAUGUACCAUCCAUUUUGAUCUUUAACUAGCUAUAAGCAUAUAUGUAAAUCACUGCAUUUGGUAUUCAUAUCCAACUGCUACAUACCCAUUAUAUUGUAGAUUUAAUGAAAAUACAUAUAAAGAUUGUAUUUCCUCGUUUUCCAUUUUUUCAUAGAUGUUGGUUUACAAGCUUUCACAUAGAAACUAAUAAAUGUAGUAACUAUAAUUUAUUUAGAAGAAUUAUCAAUAAGCAUAAAAUCAACCAAAAAUAAUGUGAUGAACAGAAAAUUGGCUAUUAUAUCCAGUAUAGUAUAUAAAUAUAUUAAUUUCUAAUUUACUAUUUUCCUUUUAUUUAAUUAUAUAUAUAAUUAUUUCUUUUAGUCUUUAAAAAUAAAAAUGAUUCAAAUUCACAACUUUGUUUGAAAAGCAUAAAUUAUAUGAAAGUUGAUAAGUGAUAUUAAAGUAAAAAAGCAUCCACAUAGAACACAAUCGUAUUCACUUUUAUAUAUAAUUUUUGUAAUAUAUUAGCUCUUUAACAUUAAGAAAAUACAAUAUUUUGAAUUUAUUUAUAAAGAUUUUGUUUAAAUGGAUUAAUUUUUACCGAUCUAGAGUUUUGGAAUUUGAAUCUAAAUUUAGUUAUGUAUAUCUAUAAUAAAUUAGAAAAUGUACACUAAACAUGUUAUACAUAGGAUAAAAUAAUGUUUGUUGUAUACUUAUUUGUUUUGUACAUUUCAUGAAGAAUAAAAUGUUUAACUUUUUGUUUGGACUUUAAUUUCAUAUAUAUAUGGCUAGCCACUUAAAUAUUUUUUCUAUCUGCUAUAUUCUGUUUUUUUUUUUUGUUAUUUUAUGUGAAUUGUCCCAUGUAUGUAUAAUUUAUUAUUGCUAGAUAUUUUCUAAUCAAAACUAUAUUUUCAGAUUAUAAUGAAUUGGUGAUAGUGAAUGAAGAAACUAUUGAUCUUGUUCAAAUUUAAAAAAUGCAAAUGAAUACAUUUUUUAAACCACAUUAAGAAGUUACGAUAAUGUAGUACAAGAUAUAGUUAUUUAAGAAAUU